ACAGUCGAUGCGUGGUGUAGCCGCGACAGUGUGUGUUGUGUGGAUUUUUUUGUUUAUAUUGUGGUUGCCUUGAUGUGAUUACAAAAAUAUUAAUAGAGAUGAAAAAAAUUCGAUCCUUGUGUUUAUAUGUUUAACAUGACUACGCUUCGUUUCAAUUAAAGCGUUUAUAAGGAUUGAUUAUCUACGAUGACGAUAUUAAUUUAUGACUAUUACGAAUUGGAGGAGAGAGCCUCCAGACAUCUCAACGCAUGGAAAGCGUGGCAUUUGAUACUGUUUUCCGCAGCAGGAAUAUUCGGUAUCCUGAACUAUGUGUUCCUCCAGAACACCAUGCAGUUAGUAGAGUACAAUUGUGUGCUGAUGCCAAGGAAGUUGGAAUUCCGAACCUUCGAAUUGCCCAACAAUACGGCUGACGUCGACAAUAAUAAAAUAAACUCAACAUAUUUUAGCUUUAAAGGAAUAUCGAGCAAUACUGAGAAAACUGAAGCCUAUGUAACUGAAGCAGUGACUGAACAAAAUGACUCGGCUCACGACGAUAAUAAAACUAAUACAGUUAGUAAGAAUAAAAGAGAAGCGAUAGAGAACGACGUUCACCGUGAUAUUAUUGUUGAAGAGGAGAACGUGAUGAUGUUGACAGGUUUAGGAAAUGAAACCCAUCGUCUAGUUCUGGAUACGUCACGGACAUUGUUCGCACGGGAUAUGGACUGCCAGUUCACCGAAUACAUGCCUAUCAUGUCCACGGUGUUCGCUGCUCUCUGGAUAACUUUCUUCACCAUGUGCCCAGGAGGUGGACAUUCUAGAACAGGACUUCAGCAACCAUGGCGUAUCGUCAUACCAGCACUGCUGUUCUCUUUGAUACUUGUAGGAGUGACGGGUCACAACUUCACACAAACGAACAGGGGCAUCCAGGACUUCUGUGCAGCCUUCUUUAACAUAACCAAUACUACUACUUGUUCCGCGGCGAAUGCGCACCUGGAGAACGGCCUGUCCACGUGGUGGGGGCUGGGCGGGCGCGCGGCGGCGACGCGCGCGGCGUGCGCAGCCGCGUGGGGCAGCUGGGCGUGCGGCGCCGCGCUGCUGCUGGCGCGCUGCCUCACCGCCAGGGACUUCGUCGUGCGCCGCACGGCCGUCACCAUCGCGCGCGACCCGCACCAGAAAGUAACUCCAUAUUUGAAAAAGACGAAACGACGAAAAACUUCCCUAAACUCCCCUGUAGCCAGGGACACCGUUUCGAUAAAAUCCGAGCCGACAGCUACAACGGAAUUGGUUACAGCAUCUAUUGAACAAGGCCAGGAAACCGCACUCAACACUCCCGAAGUCACACCUGUAAGGAGAUCCAAAAAGGAAGUCGCUAUAGAAAUGAAUGACUCGCCGCAAACCAUAAUUAAUAAAAUAAAAUAAGUAAUUGGAUUAUAUGAGCCGUCACGUGAUCUUUUGAACAUACCAUCACACAUAAAUUAGCCAAAACUUCUUCUCUCCUUAAUUUUUUCAGGAAUAAUUUAAUGAAAUAAAUGUUUUACACCUUGUCUUAACUAUACCUAUUGACUUAGAUAACGAUAUUUUCGGUUCCAGGGUCGUAAAUUUUUAACCGCCAUUAAAUGCCUACUAAAACACGAGUAGGAAACGUUUUGCUACAAUCUUUUGCUCAAUUUAACAACAAUUAUUCUUAUAUCGCAUAACGAUUCUACACUUUUUCAAGGCUCAAUUAUUAAUAUUAAUACAUAUAAAGUUUCCGCGUUAUCUGCAUUUCACAGCAUUGUAAACGAAACAUGCUAAAAAGUAUAAUCAGUUAUAAAUAAAAGAUUGAUUUAUAAGUCAACGGCAUGAAUUUAUCAUAACUCUUGAGUUAAGUAUACGGGUAAGGUAUUUUUAUUAAUAUUAUGUAUAGUCGUGUUUUGUAAUCAAGAAAAUGUGUAUGCAAAUAAUUUAUUGUAAGUAAAAUGCUAAUUAAAGGGCGCUAUGAUUAUGUAUCACACACGCCUAAUCUUCGUACGAUAAAAAUUAACAAAGCACAAACAUUAAAAUGUUUUGCGCCAUAAAAUGAUAUAUUAUAUAUACUUAUAUUUAGAUGUUAUUGCUCAUAGAGCAACACGGGCCACCGGCGGACUGAAGGCCAAAGGGGAGUAGCCAUAGGGUUUUGGCCGAUACAGAGCUGUCUAUCAUUUUUUGCGGGAGGAAAUCUACACAUACGAAAACAAUAGAAUGUCAUUACGAAACUCACAAACUCACACAUAACAUUUAUAAUUUUAAAUUUAAUAACAAUAAAGUAACAUUUUCACACACACACAUAUAUAAAAUACAGUAUAAUAGCUGAUUUACACAGGAACAGUAACUGGCUCCAAAUUCGAGACAAGUCAAUGCUGACCCGGCAUAAUGUAAAUUGUCAGUCAGUUCUCGGCGCCAGCACUGGCGCCUGUUACUGACCCCGUGUAAAUCAGCCUUUAAGGCUGAUCGUCAUCAUCAUCAUCUAACAGUAUCGCUCGGUGACAGCGACUACUCGGAUACAGACUCGGAUCAAUCGCUAGUCCGAUCUGCAUAUUGUAGGAGGACGCUCGGCGUGUGAUGGUAAAAAUGAAGUAAAUAACAAUUAUGUAAUUAAAAAUUACUUAUAUAUGAAAGGUAACGCUAUCUUACUGUAAAUUUGACGUGGGAGAUUUCUUUUUGCAGUGAAAAACUGAACCAUUCGACAUUUCAUGUACGCAUAGGACCGCGUGGACCACGGAAUAUAAAAAACAAUGGACUUAUACUUUGACACAGGGGAACGGCUGCGUAUAUUUACUCCCCUCCGAUCCGUCCGUGGCCCGUGUUGCUCGAUUAUUGCUACAUUCAUUUUUUGAUAUGUGGUCUUGAAUAAAUUGACAAUAUAGAGAGCCGUGUGUGUGUUCAUUGACAUAUUAGAUUAAACAGAUAAAUUGGUCAUGGAUAAGAAAAUUUAUUAGUAAUAUUAAAAUACAGUUGUGAUUUGUGAGCAACAACACCAUACUGACUGCGCCAUUAUUUUCUAAAAAAAUAGAAUGCUUCAAAUUAGUCUUAAUACUUUAUGAUGAUUUAUUUUUAAUAAAUGAAUACAGAAUGUUGCUUGAUU